CAGCAUUGAUUCGCAUAUUGUCGUAGUGAGGAGACCGUUGAGUGCUAUUCUAUGAAACGACGUUCUAUACGAUGUUUUUCCAGAGUUUUAGCUUUUCCGCCAUAGCAGUGUGUUUAUUUGUGUUGUUAAGAGCAUCAAAUGCUUUUAAAUAUGUUGACUGUGGUUCAGCGGUGGGGACAUUCACAAACGUGUCGAUGUCUCUCUGCGAGGACGCGGCGAAUCUUCCGUACUGCCCCAUGAAACGCGGCACGUCAGGAACCCUGGAAAUCGACUUCGAGUCAGCCCAGUAUACUCACACAUUGGCUGCUGUUGUUCAUGGUGUCAUUGGAGGAAUCAAAUUUCCAGUCCACUUGCCCAACAAAAACGCAUGCAACGACUUGGACACAGCGUGUCCGGUAGAAAUGUACAAACCUUACACGUAUAGAACUACUCUGCCAAUACUGCAGUCUUACAUCAAGGUUGGUCUUGAGAUUCAGUGGGAGCUCCAGGACGACACGUCAGCCAACGUGGUUUGCAUCACAUUUCCAGCGCGAAUCGUUGACUGAGGACGGCAAUGGCAAUACAAGAAAGAUACACGCUCCACGCGGCGUAAAGGGAUCCCACCGUCUGUCGGUUCCACUUGUCGAUGGAUAGGGAAAAAACUGCGUAAUAUGAACGCAUAUAAAUCAAAAGCAACUAUAACCAUUUUAACAUGAGCCCUAAUCUCUAAAAUUAAGCUGAUUUAAUAAUCCGGAUGACGUGCUUCAUACACACUGGAAAGCUCAAUUUCUUCUAUUUUAAUUUUAGCGUCCAAUGAGUUUGUCUGAAAUAUUUUUAUUUCAAACUAGCUGCUUCAGCUCACUUUGCUCGCACCUCCGCACCUAGGCAAGUGAUGGAGUUAUCGCUAUCAUUUGGACAUCAACAAUCUUGUUUGACUCAAAAAUCAAGGAAAUCGGCCCGGCGACCAGUGGAUAUAGUCAAUAGGAGAGGUCGGACAAAAUUUGGAAACUUUAAACGCUUAUAACUUUGUUUAUGCAAAGCUUUGAGGUUCCGCAAGUGGUUCCAUUGGUUUCCUCGUGAAAUUUUCCUCUAGAAACACCUCUAAGAAUUUGAAAUGUGACUAAAUAAUCAUAUAAAUUUGCAAUUUUAGUCAAAAACUUCGUGUUCGACCUCCCUAAUUGACUCGAUCCUUUGUGCGGCAGUUCCUCGGAAUUCAGGAUCAAAAGGUUUCAAUCCUUACAGUUUUAUUUAUAUAGAUUCAUUCCUAAACUUUAUGACUGUCGAGAGUGAUUUUUAGUUAAAAUACAAUUUUUGUAAGUUUAUUGCCCGUUAAUGCUCUAAAACAGUUUGAUAAGUAUCUGUUUAUUCCAGUGCUGCAUAAGAAUAUUUGUCUUUUCCGAAAUCAACACGACAAAAUGUCGCGGAGAGAAAAAUACUGAAAACUUGCGCCACGAACUUAUAUAGAGAAUGUAAGUAUAGUGCUCGAUGUACAUUAUUGAAAGUAGGUUUAAGGUAAAAAAAGUACAACUAUUGAAAUCAAAGUUCCAAAAUUAAACUCUUUUAUAAUUUUA